AUGGCUAGAGCCGUGACCAGCGAGGACGAUGUCAACCUCGAUGGGAAGGUGUGGGACCCGUGCUUCCGGCGCGGCGAACCACGAGAACAUGGCUGCCUCAUCAUCAAUGACAAUGCAUUGGGCGUGGCGCACGUUCCUUCUCGAUUCGUGUCAACUGGCGAGAAAUCCCUCUUGGGACAGCUUCGAGCAGAAGAGAGCGCUCGGGAUCUUCAGCGUCAAUCUUGGUCAGCAGUCAAGUCCCGUGGAAGUACAGGCAUCAGCACAGCUUACGUUCUGUAUAUAAAGGCUCAGGGAAGGCAGGCCGCCCGUUCGCUUCUUUAUUUCCCACCCGCCUCUGGCGCUGUUUCGACAUACUUAAGAAUGGCGGUGGAGCCAAGGAAUCCCGCUCCAGUAGUAGAGGCCCUGCCCACUACAAUUAAUCUACAGGCAGACAGCCAGGUCCAUAGCGGCGGCAUUGUGACAAGUGGACCUGUCACCCAAAACAUCAUAAACAAUAACUACCCUCCUGCACCACCACCUCCGGCAAAGGAUGACGAGAAUGCGAAACUGGUUGCAGAAAUCAUGGAUUGGCUCAAAGCCAAAGUGAACUUUCGAGCUAUCCACAGCGACGUGAAGAAGAAGCGGGCUAAGGGCACGGGAGACUGGUUCAUCAACAGCGACGAGUACCGAGAGUGGAAAACUGGCGAGGGCUCCGUUCUCUGCGCGACUGGCAUCCCCGGCGCUGGAAAAACGACGUUGAUGUCGCGUGUUAUCGAUGAUCUACUGCUCGACGAGUCCAGCAACCCAAACAUCUGCGUCCUCUUCAUCUACAACCGCUACGACGAUCUGCUAUCCACAGCCGAGAUUCUGAAGGGUUUGGUUCUUCAAGCUACUCAGAAACAAAACCGACAGUUCUUGGACGCUGUCAAGUCGAUCCAAUCGCGCCGCAAACUACAAGGAAUCGACCCAACCGAGGAAGACUUAAUCGGCCUCCUUCUCCAGCUGGAGGUUAUUUUCGACCGCGUCUACUAUGUCUUUGACGGUGCAGACGAACUGGUCCAGCCCCAGGUCCAGUCUACAACUCUAGUCGAACUUAUCAGUGCAAUCAAUCAACUGAAAGGAAACGCCAUCGUUGCAUCCCGACCAUUACAAGUGCUGCAGAAAUUGGAACGCGCGAAUCAAGUGGAUUUGAAGGCCGAAAGCGAUGAUAUGCGGACCCUCAUCAACAACAAGAUCGACUGGUCCCCGAAUCUUAGUGAGGUACUCGAGGAGACUGGGAAGCGAGAAGAGAUCGUCGCCGAUAUAAUAGAGAAAGCCAACCACAUGUUCUUGCACGCUGCCUUGCAAGUCGAGGCGCUCGUCAACUGUCAUACACCGGCUGAUGUGGAGGAAGAGCUGAAAAACUUUCCGAGGAAUAUUACGGAUAUGUACAAGACCACCUUGCACCGAAUCAAAGCCCAAGAUCCUCGAUCUGUGCGAAUCGCGACGACUGCGUUACUAUGGCUUGUUCAUGCCAAGGCACCCCUCAGAGUACAGGACCUACAGUCUGCGUUGUCAGCCCACCCAGUGACGCAUAGCGUCGAAACGAGCCGCAAACCCCCGUUGAAGUCCAUCCUAUCGGUGUGCUGUGGGCUGGUAGAACAUCACCCUGAAACUGACGUUGUUCGCCUUGUCCACUUGACUGCUCGGGAGGCUUUGGAACCACUGUUGCUCGAGGAGCAGCCGCACCCGCACGCAGCGAUCACCAAGGUCCUCCUUCAGCUCAUGAUUGACAACAACAUCCCCAAUUGUCCCCUGGAACAUGGGCACGAAAUGCAGGAGCUCCUCCAGACACCUCUGCUUCGAUAUGCCUAUGAACACUGGGGAGAUCAUGCUAGGGAACCUCGGGACCAGGCUGGCGCUCGUGAAGUCGUCGCCAGCUUCUUGCACCGAUGUGUUUCGUUCCCUUACGGGAAUGUGGAUUGGUUGCAGUUUGGAUUCGAUAUCCUUCAGCCACUUCAUGUCGCUGCGGCGUACGGCUUCCGGUGGUUCAUUGAAGACAUCCUCGCCAGUCAUGACCAGCCCCUGCCACACGACCGACCACGUACCGGACAACUCAGCCACCCCGAAAUGGAUGUCAACAUGCGAUCCGCAAAGGGCGAGACUGCUCUACAUUUGGCUUUGGACAAUGGCCAUGGUGUGUGCGCGAAGGCCCUGCUACGAUUCCGUGACAUCGAUAUCAAUGCUGUGAAUGGGGAGGGAAGGACGGCGCUGAUGAAGGCUGCAGGGGGAGGCCACAAAGACGUCGUCGAGCGCCUUCUUCGAGUGCCUGGGAUCGAGGUCAACGCGGUGGAUCGGUGGGGAAGGACGGCGCUGAUGAAGGCUGUAGUGGGUGGCCACAAAGACGUCGUCGAGCGCCUUCUUCAAGAGCCUGGGAUCAACGUCAACACAGUGGAUGGGGAGGGAAGGACGGCGCUGAUGGACGCUGCAGGGCGAGGUCACAAAGACAUCGUCGAACGCCUUCUUCGAGAGCCUGGGAUCGAGGUCAACGCGGUGGAUGGGGAGGGAAGGACGGCGCUGAUGAAGGCUGUAGUGGGAGGUCACAAAGACAUCGUCGAGCGCCUUCUUCGAGUGCCUGGGAUCGAGGUCAACACGGUGGAUCGGCAGGGAAGGACGGUGCUGAUGUGGGCUGCAGCGGGAGGUCACAACGACAUCGUCGAGCGCCUUCUUCAAGAGCCUGGGAUCGAGGUCAACGCGGUGGAUGAGGAGGGAAGGACGGCGCUGAUGAUAGCUGCCUGGUGGGGUCACGAAGACGUCGUGGAGCGCCUUCUUCGAGUGCCUGGGAUCGACGUCAAAGCAGUGGAUCGGCGGGGAAACACGGCGCUGAUGAUGGCUGCAGGGGGAGGUCACAAAGACGUCGUGGAGUGCCUUCUUCGAGAGCCUGGGAUCGACGUCAACGCAAUGGAUGUGGAGGGAAGGACGGCGCUGAUGGAGGCUGCAAUGCAAAAUCAUGAGGACAUCGUCGAGCUGCUUCUCCGAGUGCCUGGGAUCAACGUCAACACAGUGGAUGGGGAGGGAAGGACCGCGCUGAUGAUGGCUGCAGGGAGAGGUCACAAAGCCAUUGUCGCGCGCCUUCUCCGAGUGCCCGGGAUCGAGGUCAACACUGUGGAUGGGUUGGGAAGGACGGCGCUGAUGAUAGCUGCAGGGGGAGGUCAUGAAGACAUCGUUGAGCGCCUUCUUCGAGAGCCACUGUGCCUGGGAUCGACGUCAACGCGGUGGAUCGGCGGGGAAGGACGGCGCUGA